CUAGUUUUGAUACUUCUGCUUUAUUACGUUUGCUUUAUUUAAUUUUAUCAGUUUGUUAAUUGCUUAAGAAACAUGAGAUGCAGUCGGGUUGUGUCAGUGAUGUGAGAAGUUGAUGUACGGACUUAACUUUUGUAAUAAGUGUUAUGACUUGCUGAGUCAUUAUUGAAAUAUUACUUACAGUUUUCUUAAACAAAAACAAUGAACGUGAGCGCUCACAUUAGUUUCGCUAUUGUACUACUUCUUUCUAUGUGGUCGAAGUUGUCCAUAGCGCUGGAAAACGAGGACAUAUCGAAUUACAUAAGAAAAUGUUGCCUAAGUGGGCUUCGCCAUGCAAAACUUCAUGUGGAUUGUACAAACAAGGAAUUUGAAGUAUCCGCUAUUGCCCCCUUAUGGAAAGGUUUAUGUAUAUCAACUUAUGGCUUAUGUUGCGCUAUGGAAAUUGAUAAACAGCUGUGUGAAGCAGGUCGAUUAGCGGCAUUAACUGGUUCUCGAUGUAAUAACGGAUUUAACACAACAAAUUAUGUACAUUGCUGUCGCGCUUGUCAAGUCGGCUUAGCAGUCAAAGCAAGUGAAAAGAACUGCAAUAACACGUUAUUUUCGUAUUUCAAUGACAUUGAAUCAUACAGAAUUUGCUGCAACAAUAAUCAAAACAAUGAGUCCAGUAUAUCCGAAAGCAAAAUUGUGGAAUAUACAGAUCAUACUGAUGAUGUAGAAAUGAAAGAUAAUAUUAAGUCAGACGUAGAACCUCUUGAUAGUAACAAAAACAACAAAAAAGAUGAUGGGAUAAUUGUUUUAGAGGAUGACGACGAUGAUAUCUGUGGAAAAGUGAAAAAUUUAUGUGCCCAAAUUUGCGUAAAUACAAGAGAAGCUUAUCAGUGUAAAUGUAAUCCAGGUUAUAUCCUAGAUUCUAAUAAUGUUACUUGUUCUUUAAACAAAACGUUUGUGAAUGAGACAUUUGCUGUUGAAGAAGGUAAGUUAGACUCCGGAUAUGACCUUGAUGAGGAUGAGGGCGAUGAACAGCUAGAAGAUGAAAAUGACUCAAUUAUAUUAAAUGGCAUUAAUCAAUGUCCAGUGGGAUAUAAGAGAGACAUUCUUAAAAAUAUAUGUGUCGAUGUUGAUGAAUGUAAUAUCGAUUUAGAUAUAUGUAAACACAAUCAAUAUUGCCACAACACUAUUGGUAGUUACCGAUGUUUGAAUAUAAAACCGAAAACUUGCGAUUCUGGUUAUAUUUACAACUCGGAAACCAAAACAUGUGAUGAUAUUGACGAAUGUUUAAUGGAUAAGGAUACAUGCGAUCGAAAUCAAAAUUGUGUUAAUAUUAUUGGAAGCUACCACUGCGACUGUAAUAUCGGAUUCAACUUAGAUACAACCACCAAUGCCUGCGUAGAUAUUAAUGAGUGUUCAAUUAACAAUCAUAAUUGCUUACCAUCUCAAAGAUGCGAUAACACUGUCGGAUCUUAUAUUUGUACGCGGUUACAGAGCUGUGGAACUGGAUACACUUUGAACGCUGAAACUGGUUCCUGUGAUGAUGAUGAUGAGUGUGCAUUAAAUACACACAAUUGUACACCUGACUACAUGUGUUAUAACACCAAAGGAUCAUUUCGUUGCUAUCGCCGACAUAUACCGACAAGAUAUAGUACUAGUACAACAGUAACAUCUUUAAGUACAGCUACAGUGUCUACAACAAUAUCAGUUCCAACUCCACAUACAUCUAUUGACAAAAGUUUAAACAAUCCGCAGAUAAUGUCGUACUCUAAUAAAAGUUAUCACAUUCAUACUCCUAUGUAUGUUGACAGUAGAAAAUCUUUGCCAUGCACAAUAGGUUUUUAUCGUAAUCAGAUGGGUGCUUGCGUAGAUAUAAACGAGUGUCUCGUUGAAAGUCCAUGCGGUUCACAUCAACAUUGCAUUAAUACGAAUGGUUCCUACCGUUGUCAAAAUCUUUCAAAAUGCUUAGCGGGGUACAUGCCAGCUCCAAACGGUAUCACAUGCAUUGACAUCGAUGAAUGUGAAACUCGAUCCCAUAACUGCGAGGAAAAUGAAAUAUGCACCAAUCGCAUUGGAGGCUUUAUUUGCUCAUGUCCUGGAGGACAUCAUAAAAGUGUUGUUAAUGGUGUAAGUCGUUGUAUUGAUAUCAAUGAAUGUGAUCGGGAACCCUCUACUUGCCCUACAAACGCACAGUGUAUAAAUACGAUUGGAUCCUAUUAUUGUGAAUGCAAAACUGGAUUUCAAAAGAGCAGAGAUAAUGACCGUAUUUGCCUUGAUGUGGAUGAAUGCCAGGAAAUAUCAGGUCUUUGUCAACAAAAAUGUGUAAAUUUUUGGGGUGGCUACCGCUGCUCUUGUAAUUCGGGUUACGAACUUAGUUCCGAUAAUCGGACAUGUAACGAUGUUGACGAAUGUGAAAUUCACAAAGUUUAUAAGCCUUGCAUGGGUUUUUGUAACAAUGUCCCAGGUUCAUAUGAAUGCACAUGUCCCCGUGGUUACGUACUUGCAAUUGAUAGGAACACUUGCCGAGAUAUAGACGAAUGCGCUACUGGAGAAUUUUGUACGGGAAGAAAUGAUAUUUGUACAAAUAUACGGGGUAGUUAUAAAUGCACCACUAUUCAUUGUCCUUAUGGCUAUAUUAAUGAUCCAGAUCAGAAAAACCGUUGCCGACAAACUAGUCAUAUAUGCGAGGGUGAUGAUUGUUAUACAAAACCUUCUGCGUAUACAUAUAAUUUCCUAACACUUGUGUCGAAAUUAAUGAUACCACCUGAAGGUCGUCCCAUAUUUAGUUUAAGAGGACCAUUAUGGUACGACAACAUAGAUUUUGACUUAAAAAUUGUCAAAAUACAAGCAGCCGCAAAUAUUGAGAAAGUCACUGAUAAUCAUUUUGAGUAA